GCCUAUAUAAGGCCAAAGGUGGCGACAAUGUGUCAGUAUCAAAUUCAACAUGAAGCAGUUCGCAUUGUUCAGCAUUUUCCUCCUGAUUCUGGUUGUGGGAUUGGCCCAGAUGCCCCAGCAGGUCUCUGCCCAGGGCCAAAAUGGACAGCAGCAGCAGGGCCAGCCGCCAAGACCGCCAAAUGGCAAUGGAAACGGCAACGGCAACCAGCCGGGUGGACAAGGACAAAGUGGACAAAACAACUAGGACAACUAGGAACAGAAUGUUUCUGGGGUGGACACACCUCCUGGGCACUUUCCCGGUUACUUAAAUAAACACUUUAUUCAGCAAACUUAAAA